UUUUCUUCCUUAUCUCUUCCCUUCCUAAUCCAUGGCGGCGGCCGCGACGACCUUCCACUCCGUGUCGAUGGCGGAUGGCCUUCUUCCCUCACUUCACACCGUCGUCUUCUCUUCCAAUCCGUCCUUCCCUCUCCUGUCACUACCUCUCUCCUCUAAGCCCUUCCUCCACCUCUCUCGCUCCGCUUCUUCUUUCUACCUCAAAAAGAACCCUCCUAUUCUUCCACUCGUCUCGCAGACCUCCGACUGGGCUCUCCAAGAUGAGGGUACCGCUGCUGGGAUUGAGGAGUACGAGGGUGAUGAGGACCAGGCGUUGGAGGGUGGGUUUGUCGCCGAAGGAGACGGAGGAUUUGUCGAGGGGGAAGAAGAGGAGUAUGUUGAGCCGCCUGAGGAGGCUAAGCUCUAUGUCGGGAACCUCCCUUACGAUGUGGACAGCGAGCGAUUGGCUCAGCUCUUCGGGAAAGCUGGCGUUGUCGAGGUUGCCGAGGUGGUUUACAACCGGCAGACAGAUCAAAGUCGUGGCUUUGGAUUCGUGACAAUGAGCACCAUUCAAGAAGCAGAAAAAGCAGUAGAAACGUUCCACAGAUAUGAAGUUAAUGGCAGGCUUUUAGCUGUGAACAAAGCAGCCCCCAGGGGCACUCGCGUAGAGAGAACUCCGCGUACUUUUGGGCCUUCCUUCAGAAUCUAUGUCGGGAACCUGUCCUGGCAAGUGGAUGAUGGUCGUCUGGAGCAAAUAUUUAGUGAGCACGGUAAGGUUGUGGAAGCAAGGGUGGUGUACGAUAGAGAGACUGGACGCUCACGUGGAUUUGGCUUUGUUAAGAUGGAAUCACAGACCGAAAUGGAUGAUGCAAUUGCUGCUCUUGAUGGACAGAACUUGGACGGUCGAGCAUUGCGAGUGAAUGUCGCAGAGGAGAGGCCACGACGUGCUGCAUUUUGAUGUUCGUAGAACCAACCGAUAAAAGAAUAUUUGUCGUAAGGAUUUUGUCUACAAGACCUCAUUACUUGUAUGAAUUUGUUUUUUUGUUGUUUACUUUGUAGAGCGAUGAACAAAGAUGCGAUGAAUUUAGGCUUGUUUCAACUUCCAAUAUGCCGGACAUCAAGUGAAUGUUGAGUCUAUAUGGUUACUAAUUAUUGUUUCAGUCAAUAUAGAUUGCUUCUUGUUUA